AUGGAAGUGCGACUAGAGCCGAGCAAGUGGCACCGCGCCGGGUUCCUGUCGACGCUGAACAGAAGCUUCCGCCUGGGUGGCGGCAGGUCGCGGCCACACGGCGGCCACGCGCCCACCAUGACGGCCACGGGUCUGAACACGUCAGGCGAGGCUUCGUCCACGCUUAGGCCGCUGGAGAUCGUGGCGCCGCGGAUCGACUCCUACCGUUUCUCCAUGGCGAACCUCGAGGAGACACAGGACGCGGACCUGGACGCGAUCCUGGGUGAGCUGUGCGCCCUGGACUCUGAAUACGACGAAGAACUCUCCAGGGUCUCCACCGAGUACCCCGCAACUGGCAAGGGGCGGGCGGCGGGCGAGGGCGGGCAGAGGGGCGCGGAGGGCGGCAAGGAGUGCGCCGACACCGCCCCCGCCAUGGCCCGCACCGAAUCCCCGGACAACGAUUCCGCCUACAGCGACACCGUGUCGAUGCUCUCCAGCGAAUCCUCCGCUUCGAGCAGCGCUAGCGCCAAAUGCAAGGCCCUGAAGAUGAACAUCCAUCAGAACCAAAAGAAGGCUGACAAGAUCAAGCUUGCACUGGAGCGAAUGCGCGAGGCGAACGUCAAGAAGCUCUUCAUCAAGGCCUUCUCCGCCGACGGGUCUUCGAAGAGUCUGCUGGUGGAUGAGAAGAUGACGUGCGGCUACGUGGCCCGUCUGCUCGCGGACAAGAAUCACGUCGCGAUGGAGCCGAAGUGGGCCAUCGUGGAGCACCUGCCCGAUCUCCACAUGGAACGGGUGUACGAGGACCACGAGAUGUUAGUGGACAACCUGAUGCUGUGGACAAGAGACUCCAAAAACAAGAUUCUGUUCGCCGAGAGGCCGGAGAAGAUAUCCUUAUUCCAGACACCGGAGAAAUAUCUUCUGACAGAGGAUGAUAGAGGUUGGUCCAGCGAGCAGGAUGAGCACUCGAGGCAGGUCAUCCUCGAGGAGUUCUUCGGGCAGAGCGGCGGCGUCAGCGCGUCCAUAUCCGGCCACCAGGUGCCGCAGAUGGAGGGCCAGCUGUACCUCAAGAGCGAGACCAAGAAGGAGUGGAAGAAGUACCGCUUCGUGCUGCGCCCAUCCGGGCUGUACUACUCGCCGAAGGACAAGGCGCGGACGCUCAAGGAGCUGGUCUGCCUGGCGACUUUCGACUCUAACGAGGUGUACAUAGGGUUGAACUGGCGGAAGCGCUACAAGUCGCCGACCGAGCACUGCUUCGCCAUCAAACACCCGCGCCUGCAGCAGCCCAAGAGCGUCAAGUUCAUCAAGUUCCUCUGUGCGGACGACCAGCCCACGUUGGAGCGGUGGAUCACGGCGAUACGCAUCGCGAAGCAUGGCCGCCAACUGCUGGAGAACUACCGCUCGCUGGUCGAAGAGUUGACGCAGGAGGACCUGGAUCAUCUCGCCCAUGCGCGCUCGUGCUCUAUAUCCUCGAUCCCGGCGAAGGCGAGUGGCAACGCGGCCGCCGGCUCCGGCAGCCCCGCCCAGUCCGCGUGCAGCGGCGCCAGCGUCGCCAACUCGGACAUCAGCAGCGGCAGACAUUCCCGUGCGUCGUCGUCCAGUUCGAGUGGAUGCCUCUCCGACGGGGGCACUGCCUCCGAGAGCGCUUUCGACUGCGAGUUCCCUAUGGGCACGAUAAAGCGCAAGCCGUCUAUGAAGCCCAACAUCCCGCUGACAUGGAUGACGAGGCAGCUGAAGGAAAUGGCGGAGACGGACUCGACGCCCGGCGAAGGGGAGCCCGACUGCGGGACCCUCACGAGACGGCCCCGACCAAGGGACGACUCCACACUGAAGCGACACCACGCGGAGUCGGCCGACAGCGCGGUGUAUGCAACAACGACCGGUGGCGGUCACCUGAGCACCGGCAUAAGUCCGGUGCGCCACGAGCCUACGCCCGCCUACGUGCACUACGAGACUAUUCAGCGCGACAACUUCCGCACCAGCGUAGACACCGACUCGUCGCUCUACGGCUACGCCGCCGUCUACGACAAGGUGCAGCGGCCGGAAGUGGCCAACGUAGAGGAGCUCCCGCCGCCGCCGCCCGAAGACGUGCCGGACGCCAUGUUCAGCUCCACACUGAGCCUGGACUCGCUGCCGCCGCCGCCGCCGCCGCCGAUGGACCCCAUCGAGGACAUCUGCGGCUCGCAGCUGAGCCUGCCCCCGCCGCCGCCAGAGCACGCCAUCGAACCGCACACCGGGCGGGUCCACGACAUCGUGAGCCAACUGACCACGCAGCAAAUCGAGCAAACGGCUAGGGCCGGCCAAUCGCGCACCUCCCGCAACCCCGAUCAGACACGCUCCUUCCCGAGGCAGCCGUCCCUGGACAGCGUCCACUCGGAGGCGUCCAGGACGUCGUCCCUGCACUCGGACAAGAGCGUGCACGGACAGACGGCCGCGUACGGCGCCUGCCUGGUCGAGCUGCAGUCGAAGAAGCUGACGAGCCCAUCGAUACAGAGGAAGCUCACGGAGCCGGGCAAGGAGCGCACCGGCUCCGUGAAGAAGGUCAACUUCGCCGACGACCUGCCCACUUGCUCGGAGGGCAGGAAGGCCAAGAAGAUCACCUUCAACCUCAAGGAGCCGUCGCCCCCCUCGCCGCGGAAGCCGCCGCCGCCGAAACGCAACGAGAGCACGCGCCUCUCGUCGCCCAAGAAGCUGGCCGAGUCGAACAGCAACCCGCCCAAGGAGUUCCUCAAGGACCUCCAGCGAGUUAUGCGCAAGAAGUGGCAGGUGGCGCAAAAGUGCAAGCUGGAGCCGGCCACCACUCCCCACGAGGUGCUCGGCUUUCGCGAAUACCCGCUCUCGGAGGACUACAAGGAGACCAGCGUCUCCAUGUGGGUUCAGGAGCACUACGGCUCGGUGGAGGAGCCUUUCUACGAAAACAUGUAUGGCAGGGAGGUCACUCCUCGCGAGCAGCCGAAGCCCGUCAAGAAGCGCCCGCCACCGGCCCCCCCGAGGAGGAGCGACUCCACACAUCUCUCUUCCCAUUCCCUUCCCUCCGUGCAGCACACCGCU